AUGCGAGAUCUUGUGUCACCUGAUCUCGCUGUAUUAUUGGUUUCUUUAAAAGUUGAUAAUUAUGUUGCUCUUGGAACUGCAUUACGCAAUGUAAUCAAUCUGAAUCAACCGAUCACCAACACUAUGGUUUCUGAACCUGUAUGGAAAAUACUUGUAAUGGAUAAGCUUGGCCAAGACGUAAUUUCACCGCUGUUACCUGUCAAAGUGCUAAGGGAACUCGGAGUAACUUUGCACCUAUUAGUAGGAUCAAAACGCGAAGCUCUUACGGAUGUACCAGCCGUCUAUUUUGUUUCUCCUACUGAUGAGAAUGUUGAUCUACUUUGUGAAGAUCUCAGAAGAGCUAUGUACGAUAGUUUUUACAUCAAUCUCAUCUCGCCGCUUUCUCGUGCUCGCCUAGAAAACUUGGCCUCUGCUGCUGUUCAAGGAGGGACUGUGGGGCAAGUGCAGAAGGUAUAGAU